CACAACAUCCGCCACGUGUCAUAACCACAAUCACUUAUCGCAUUUCUAUCUCCUCUCAUAUUACAAGACCACACACAAGCACUUGGCGAGAAACAGAGAGAAGAAAUGGCUGCUUCAGUGAUGCUAUCAUCGGUGACGUUGAAACCGGCGGGUUUCACGGUGGAGAAGAUGUCAGCGAGAGGAUUGCCGUCGCUCACAAGAACUUCAUUCAAAAUCGUCGCGAGCGGUGUCAAGAAGAUCAAGACCGACAAGCCCUUUGGAGUUAACGGCAGCAUGGACUUGAGGGACGGCGUCGACGCCUCCGGCAGAAAGGGCAAGGGAUACGGUGUUUACAAGUUCGUUGACAAGUAUGGAGCUAACGUCGAUGGAUACAGUCCUAUCUACAACGAGGAGGAGUGGUCACCAGGUGGUGAUGUGUACAAGGGAGGAGUCACUGGAUUGGCUAUUUGGGCGGUAACACUCGCCGGAAUUCUCGCCGGAGGAGCUCUUCUUGUGUACAACACAAGUGCUUUGGCUCAGUAAAAAAAUCUUCAAAACAUCAUCAUGUUUCUCUAUAUGUUUUGUGUUUAUUGUUUCUCUUCUCUGUACUGCUCUGAACAUACACUUUGAAUUUUAUAAAGAACUCUAGUAGUGUUUGUGUAAUAUCCAUCUGGUGUACAAAAACAAGAAGUUGAAUACAGUUUUAUAGACUGAACCAUUUGGA